AUGUCAACGCCUCCGUUCAGUAUCAGGGCUGUCAUCACCGCCGUUCUUCGCACUUCCUGGUGGAACUAUGACCAGCAGUGGAGCAUGGUGUAUGCUGCGAGGGGCAAAUGGGCGGAAGUGACGGCGGUCUACGAGGAAAUCGUCGAACACCAACUCGUGUCUUGCCCUGACAAUCCCGAGACAGUACAAUAUAUGCUUAUUCUCAGCGUCAUCUACAUGGCUCUGGGCAAAGAAGCACAGGGCUUGGAGUUGCUUUCGCAGGUCUCAGAGAUCUCCAAGUAG